ACAUACAUACAUACAUACAUACAUACAUACAUACAUACAUACAUACAUGCAUACAUACAUACAUACAUACAUACAUACAUACAUACAUGUAUCCAUACAUACAUACAUACUUACAUACUUACAUACAUACAUACAUACAUACAUACAUACAUACAUACAUACAUGCAUACAUACAUACAUACAUACAUACAUACAUACAUACAUACAUACAUACAUACAUACAUACAUGCAUACAUACAUACAUACAUACAUACAUACAUACAUACACAAUGAUCAAUCUAUCCUUCCAUCCAUCAGCAAUGCAUACAUCCACUAUCCAUCCAUCCAUCAUCCAUCCACCCAUUCAUCAUCCAUUCCUCCAUCCAUCAUCCAUCCACCAUCUAUUCACCCAUUCAUCGUCCAUCCCUCCAUCCAUCAUCCAUCCACCAUCUAUUCACCCAUUCCUCAUACGUGCAGCCAUCCAUCCUUCCAUCAUCCAUCCAUCCAUGCAUAAAUACAUCCACCAUCUGUCCAUCUAUCCAUCCAUCCAUUAAUCCAUACAUACAUCCAUACAUAAAUAUAUCCAUCAUCUACCCAUUCAUCAUACAUACAUACAUGCAUACAUCCAUCCACCAUCUAUCAUCCAUCUACCCAUUCAUCAUAGAUCCAUACAUCCAUGCAUACACCCCUACAUCCAUGCAUCCAUCCAUCCAUCCAUCCAUCCACCCAUCCAUCCAGACCUGGAUUAGAGACUAUUUUGUCUCUGAUAAACCAUGAUGUGGUGUCUGAUUCUGACCACUCCUGAGUUCUACAUGGAAGAGAACUGAUCAGACUUUUCCAUAACAGCAAAGUUGUAUUAUAGUAGAACAUGUGUGCAUCUUCAGGCUCUUCAUCUGAAAUAAAGCCUGAUCAGUGAGUGAAUGUUUACGAACGAGGUGCUCCGUGUGGUGCUGAUACUCUACCCUGUUCCAGUUCACCUUUCAGCAUCAGAUUACAGUCUUCUGAUUGGACCGGAUCAGGACAUUAACCUAGUCUGUGGGCUACUGAUGACGGUCACAGAAACAGGGUCGUUUUCAGGUUAAAUACUUACUAAAUGAACACUUACAAUAAAGCUGAACUGGAGAGUAUGAAGCAGUUCUUCUGGCUGCACACUGAAUUGACUUCCAGUUGAUCUCAAACAGAUACAAUCCUGAAAUUCCCUUGAAAGUUGGAGCAGAACCAAAGUUGCUCUCAGGGUGUGCUUGUGAGAGCAGCAGGAAUCCUGAUAUCUGUAAACACCAUCGCACACUAAGGAAAGUCUUGCCAUUUGUUUCUCGAGUUGCACUGAUCUGGAUUUUUAAAGAGGGACUAUGUCAAAUGAAGAGUGAAGGAUUCAUCCUGGGGAUGCUGCUGCUGCUGCUUCCAGAAGCUGAGCUUCUCUCAAGUCAGAUGAGGAAAACAACGCCGGGACACGGGGAAAUCAGCGUCCGUGUUAUUUGAACCUGCUGCUGAAUCAGUCAUGAGGAAACAUCACUCCUCUAGUCUCACUGUUACAGUGACACUGCCUGAAGAAGGAACUCAGCUGGAUUGCUGGGAAUCCGUUUUCCCGGGAAAUCUUGUGAUCCUGAAGAAUAGAGCAGCUCCACAGUCAGUCAGCAGGAUGAACAGAGGAGAACGAGUUUACACCCAAAACCAUCCCACAGGACGGCUUCAGAGAAGUGGAAGACAAACUAACCAGUUUUUGAAGAGAUGGUUUAACAGCAGGUAUCACCUUCUAUGGGUACUUCUGCUCCUGCUUGUGGUCUGUUUCACCAUUCAGAUGUUUGGUACACAGUCGCCUUGGGGAGCCAAGCUGACAGGACUCCUCCUUCUGAGAACCUCCAUCAGCAAGCAGAACCUGCUUCCAACUGUCCCAGCGGACCUCGAACACAACCAGAAACCGAGAUCAGAACAAACCACAAACCUUCAUCGUGAGAGUGAGGAGGACGAGGAGUCUUCGCAUGACCCACUGCUGAAAUGUGUGCAGAAAGUCAUCAACGUAGUUGCAGGAUCUGGCAAAAUGCUCAUCAGCACUUCAACCAGGGUUUUAAACUCUCAUAGAAACAAAAGUCAUUCCAAAGAAACCUGUGUCCCAAAGUCUCACAUUGUUUUUCUUAAGACGCACAAAACAGCCAGCAGUAGCAUCUUAAACAUUUUAUAUCGCUACGGCGAGAGCAGGAACUUGACAUUCGCCCUCCCUCGGAACAAACACAGCCAGAUGUUUUACCCGACCUUCUUUGCUUCACGCUUUGUGGAAGGCUUUAACAGCAGAUGUGGGCGAGACUUCCACAUCAUGUGCAACCACAUGAGAUUCAGAAAAUCAGAGGUGUCUAAAGUGAUGCUCCAGGAAACAUUUUAUUUCUCCAUCCUGAGACAUCCUGUAGCAAUGAUGGAGUCCAUCUUUGCUUACUACAACACCAUAGCAGCCUUUAGUAAGACUCGCCGCCUGGAGGACUUCCUGGACAGCUGCUGGGAGGACUACAAGUCCUCUGUGAGGAACAACCACUACGCCCACAAUGUCCUGGCCUUUGACUUUGGCUUUGACAACAAUGUUGCAGAUGGAGCUGAACAUCUGAAUGAGAGAGCUGCAGAGGUUGUUGCAGCUAUAGAAAGAGACUUCCACCUUGUUCUUAUUUCAGAUUACUUUGAUGAGUCCAUGAUCUUGCUCAAGCACGCCCUCUGCUGGUCGCUGGAAGACGUGGUCUCGUUCAGGCUGAACAGUCGCAGUGAACAAACUCGCCACAAAGUUUCAGCUGAAACAGCAGAAAAAAUUAAGAGGUGGAACGCUUUAGACUGGAGCAUUUACCUUCACUUCAAUGCCACCUUCUGGCACCAAGUGGGGAGUCUGGUGGGGCAGGAGCAGAUGAAGAGGGAAGUGUCUCAGCUCAGAGAGCUGCGGGCCAAACUAGCCAACACCUGCCUAAAAGAUGGGGGGCCAGUUAACCCAUCAAAGAUCAAGGAUCCAGGCCUGAAGCCGUUCCAGUAUGGAGCAGCCGUGAUCCAAGGCUACAACUUAAACCCACAUCUAGACAGAGACACCAGAACCAAAUGUCUGAGGCUCAUAACUCCUGAACUGCAGUACACACGUCUUCUGUACACUAAGCAGUUCCCAGAUCUGGCAGCUAAACAUACACCUAAAGCACAAUAGCUACGCUGAACAAAAGAAGGCUUGCACAAAGUGCCUCUCAGAAAAUAAAUGAAAACCUUGUGAAAUAAUACACAACACUGGAGUUUGUGUUAAUUUCACUCAGGGAAUGUGUUGUGAAUGACUCUCAGCUCCAAACACAUCAAAUGUCAGCAAACCUCUGUAAAUGUAUGGAGUCAAAGCCGUUACUGUGUGAAUUAACUAGCCGAAGUGGCAGAAGCUCAUCCAAUGUUUGUUUCUGAGUUACAUAAAAAUGUGUCUGAUGGAUCUGGAGAUAUUUACUACAGACUAAUGAGCACACACCCCUUUAGCCAUUCCAUCAUAAUAAAACAUUUAUACAGUGACCAUAAAUGUGGACUCAUACUGCUCAUCACACCAGUUAUUAAUGGUGAAUGUCCCGUUCACCAUCUUGUUUAAGGUUGUUUGUGUUGAAACAUGUGACCAUGGAUCCUCACAGGUUUGUUUUCAUCGAAACGGUCUGUCGUUUCUUCUGUUAGUUUGUAUUUCACACUGAUUGUGACAAUGGUUCACCAAAAAGUGAGAGACUUUCUUUUUCUCCAUCAGCGAUCUGUAGUCACAACAUUAUGUAUGUAUGUGAAAAUAAUAAAACGGUCUAAAGGGA